CCGAGUGUGUUACUAUGCAAACAUUGCACCAGAUUACACUUUUGGCCGCCCCAACUGAAUGUCAAAAAAACAGUGAACGAUAUUUUGUUGUCAUUUGCAAAUUUGGAAUUUAAAAACGAACAAAAAUGGGUUUAUUAGCAAUUCUUCGAAAACUUCGAUCCAAUCCAGACAAGGAAUUGAGAUUGCUUCUUUUGGGACUAGACAAUGCAGGAAAGACAACAAUUCUGAAAAAAUUGGCUAGUGAAGAUAUUACACAGGUUACACCAACCCAGGGUUUUAAUAUAAAAAGCGUGCAAAGUGAAGGUUUCAAACUGAACGUUUGGGACAUUGGAGGAGCUCGAAAAAUCAGACCCUAUUGGCGAAACUAUUUUGAAAACACAGAUGUCCUCAUUUACGUGGUUGACAGUGCCGAUAUAAAGAGGCUGGAAGAAACGGGACAAGAGCUUUCCGAGCUUUUAUUGGAAGAUAAGCUGCGUAAUGUUCCUUUGUUAGUUUAUGCAAAUAAACAAGAUAUUGGCCAGGCUGUUACGGCAGCUGAAAUUGCCGAGGGUUUAGGAUUACAUAAUAUUAAAGACCGUGAUUGGCAGAUACAAUCUUGCAUUGCAAUCGAGGGCAAAGGAGUCAAGGAGGGUUUGGAGUGGGCUUGCAGAAGUAUUAAAAAAAAAUAAUCCCAAGAAGAGGAAUGAAGAUGGGAUAUGUUUGCAGUAUAAAAAGUGAAUUACAAAUACUUUCGCGUACAUACACUUUAUUUGGUUUUACCUAAUAUUUACAAGGAUUGCUAUGAUUAUUAUCUAUAUUUAUAUUUAUAUUUCGCGUCGCGUUGAGCCGAUCUAGUCGUUUGACUUCCGUCCACAAUAAUUAAUUUAUAAUUCCUUUUAUCAGACUUUACUAAAGCGUAGGGGCAACGUCUCUACAGUGGAUAAUCUUUAUUUAAAAAUACUAUUACAAUUUAUCUAAAAUAAUUUACUUAAUUUAUUUAAAAGUUAAAAGAUCAGUUUCUUAACUUUUAAAUAAAUAAAAUUAAUUAUUUUCAUUAUAUUUCUGCACUUAAUUAAUAAUUAUCCACUCUAGGAUGAAUUUUAUCCACUGUAGGAAGUGUGCCCGCGGGAUUGGUGCCUGCUAUUUUUUUUUAAUUGUAAAAAUGGGGCUUUUCCUCAAAUUUUAAUAUAGGCGAGUGCAAAUACACUUAAAAGCACCUUGAAAAAAUACAACAUGUACCUUUUAAAGUCCAUAUUAAAGAUAUAAAUACUAUGAAUACAAAA